AUGUCUCAGAGUUCUCCCUCAAAGAAAUCGUCUCCUCCCUCUGAAACAGCAUCAGGAUCUAGGGCACCAAAUGUGGUGAGUGAUCAAGAUGUUGUGUUGAAUGUUGUGCCAUUGAACACUGUUCCUGCUACCGAUCCUGAUGAUGUUGAGACAUCUGUUGAUAACAAUGAUGAGACCCCUGGUGCCAAAGAUGUUGAGACAUCUGAAGCUAUCAAUGUUGAAACAUCUGGUACUAAAGAUGCUGAGAUUCUUGAACCUGAGAAAGCUGAAGAGGUUCCUGUUGCUCCUUCUAAAGAAACUCUUAAUGAAGGCCCUACUGUGCAUGAUGUGGUGAAUCUGGAUGAUCUGGAUGAUUCUAUUGACAUUGCUGAUGAUGAGCUCAUCUCUAGCAUCUCUCAUAGAGUCAAGACUCAUAAGGGCAAACAGGUUUGUGAUCAAGAUUUCUCCAAACCUCAAGUUACUCAUCAAAAGAAGGUCAUUAUAAAGAAGAUCAAGAAGGUCCUUGCUGAACCUUCAACCACUGGGAGCAAGAUUGCUGUGAAGAAGAGGAAGGAAAGAAGUGUUUCUGCCCCUGAAGACGAUGUCUUAAGUGAUGAAUUUAUUGUGAAUUUGUCUCAAGAUUGUGGUGAUGGAAGAACUGAUGAUUUUCAUAAGGUGUAUGUUAGAAGAAAGUGUAUAGAUUUUUCCCCUGUUGUUAUCAACCUAUAUCUAGGUAGAGAUGCUGAGGCUCAACCUGAGCUUGAAGUAACUGACAAUGAAGUAUGCAAUGUUAUCACUGGUGGUAAGGUCAAGAAAUGGCCCAUAAAGAGUAAAUUGUCUGCUAGUCUUUUGAAUGGCAGGUAUGCCUUGCUGCACAAAAUUGGUGCUGCAAACUGGGUGCCUACCAAUCACACUUCUACCAUUGCUGUUGGCCUAGGUAAAUUCAUUUAUGCUGUGGGAACCAAGACAAAAUUUGACUAUGGGACCUACAUAUUUGAUCAAACUAUGAGGCAUGCUGGUACCUCUGCUACCAAGCUCCCCAUUGCAUUCCCAUCCCUGAUAUGUGGGAUAAUCCUCAAGCAACACCCUGGAAUUCUGAAAAGUAAAGAUUCUGUAUGUAAGAGGGAGAGUGCUUUGUCUUUUCACUACAAGCUGCUCCAGAGGUCUGAUGACAUGACAUCUGCUGGGACAUCACAACCCAGCAAGUCUGUGAACAAAGCCCUUCUUAUUGCUGAGCUGAAAGAGACUUGUAAGGAGUUGGACAACAGGAAGAUGAAGCUUGAAAAGCUCAUCCAAAGUCUUGAGCAGUCUACAGAUGAUGAUCUUGCUAGUGGAAGGGAUGGUGACAAUAUGGAUGAAGACAAAGGUGCUGAUAGUGGGGCUGAGGAAGAGGCUGAGGAUGGUGAGGGCUCUGAGGAUACUGGGAGUAGUGAUGCUGAUGAAGAGACUAGUAGCUCAAGUGAUGACAAUACUGGUGGCUCUAGUGAUGAAGACAGUGAUGGGUCUGAUGAUUAG